GUGAAGAUGCGAGCAUUUCUUUCACGCCAAAGGUUGUAGAUGAUCAGUUGGUUGAGAAGCUUGAGCACCGUGAUUGCCCUUGAGGCAUGAGGUCCAGGGAGCCGCUGGCAGAGGAGAACAACUUCAGCAAGUGAGGCAGGAGGAGACGCCAAGUACCUGCCACAGAAACGAGACCAAGUAGCAACCGCAAAGGGACAGUGAAAAAACAAAUGUUCUAUAGACUCAUCAGCUAAGGAACAUAGAGCACAACCUGGAGAGACAAAUAGACCCCAUGAGAUCAAACGAUCACGAGUUGGUAGUCUACCUAGGAAAGCCGUCCAAGAGAUGAAGGAGCAACGAGGGAUUUCCUCUUUGAACCAAAUAACUGAAAACCAUUGAACCAGUGGAGUAGGGAUACGUAUCCCUUCCCAAGUCACCUUAGAGGAGAAUGACGGGCCAAAACCCCCAGAGCUUUUCCUCCACAAAUAGACAUCAGCACCGUGAGCUGAGGUUGGGACUGUUGUUGUGGAGAGGAUGAUCUGAACUGUUACGUCGAGUUCAGAACGGGCCGUCGGUAAAUGCCAAUGACCAUUGUUGACUACUUGAGAAACGGUGGCAUUAAGCGGUAUCCUAAGAGUACGAUAAUUAUGUAUUCAAUCUCAUGUACUUUUUAGAUAUUCUUUUCUAGGUAACAAAAUCUCAACUAUAUUUUAUUUCGGUUUCAAAUGGUAUAGUAAGAUUCAGUCAAUCCAAAAAAACAUAGCUAGUUAGCAAAGGAACCACCAAACAUAGCUAGAUAAGAUCAAAACGAAAACAUAAAUAAAAGAGUGCUGUCAUUAUAUUGAUACCAAUAAAAUUGGAAUUGAUCUAUUAGUUAUCAAAUUAAGCAUUCAAGUUCAUGUAAAGUUUAGAUAUUAUCUUCUAAGCAGGUAAUAGAAUCACAACCUGAUUUUAUUUCAAUUUCAUAUGGAAUAGUAAGAUUCUUUUUUUUUGGGUAAAAGGGAAUAGUAAGAUUCAGUCAAUCCAAAAACCAUACCUAGUUAGUAAGAAAAACAUCAAAUUUGUAAUCUUUUUGAUACCAAAAAAAAUGGAAUAUGUUGAUCAGCAUAUACUCCAACAAAGCAAUCAAUAAAGAAUUUUUUUUUUUCAGACACAUAUUUUGCAUACAAAAGUUUUCAUCAUGCACUACUCUCAUAAAAAGCUGUUCUUGUUCUUCCUCUCGUGCAUUGUGCUAAUUUUCAACUACAACAGUAGUGGCUUCGUAACCGCAACAAGUCAACUUGGCUUGAAUUACGGUCUCCUCGGCGAUAAUCUCCCGCCCCCCUCUGAUGUCAACAACCUUUUCAAGUCCAUAGGCAUUACUAAAAUCCGAAUCUUUGACCCGAACACUGAGGUUCUUGAUGCCUUACGCGGCAACAAAGAUAUUGGAGUCACGGUAGGUGUCAAGGACCAGGACUUGGCUGCUCUUGCGGCCGGUGAAGAAGCUGUUAAUAGCUGGUUCGCAACAAACAUUGAGCCUUACUUAGCCGACGUCAACAUCACUUUCAUUACAGUCGGCAACGAAGUCAUCCCUGGACCGAUGGGUCCACAGGUGCUUCCCGCUGUGCAGUCUCUCACCAACCUUGUCAAGUCCAAGUGUCUUCCUAUCUCUGUCACCACUGUUGUGGCUAUGUCCAGCCUCGGACAGUCGUAUCCACCUUCCGCGGGAAUGUUCACGGCUCAGGCGCGUGAACAACUCACCCCGGUGCUUAACUUUUUGUCUCAAACAAGUACGCCAAUCUUCGUCAACAUCUACCCGUACUUUGCUUACGCGUCGGACCCGGUGAACAUUCAUCUCGACUAUGCCAUUUCCACAAGCGAGGCCGUCGUGGUCCAGGAUGGACCACUGGGCUAUUCAAACUUGUUUGAUGCAAUGUUCGAUGCGUUCGCGUGGGCAAUGGAGAAGGAAGGCGUGAAAGAUUUACCAAUGGUGGUGUCUGAGACAGGAUGGCCGUCAGCCGGGAACGGGGACUUAACGACGCCUGACAUCGCGGCGACCUACAACGGAAAUUUCCUUCAGCAUGUAGUAAGCGGCAAGGGGACACCUAAGAGGCCUAACAGUGCUAUCCAAGGGUUUAUAUUCGCAACGUUCAAUGAAAACCAGAAGCCCGCUGGGACUGAACAAAACUUUGGAUUAUACAAUCCUGUUGAUAUGAAACCCAUCUAUAAGCUAUUUUGAGUGUGAGUUUCUUUUAGGACUUUCACAAUCUUAUGAAUACAUACAGUAGUGCUAUUAGUUGUUUGUUGUUAUUCAAAUAAAGUAAUAAGAUUCAACAAUGCACAUCAUAUUAUAUUACUACAUGCUAUUGUGUUUCAUUUGACGACAAUAUCAGGUAGCAGAACAUAUAUACAUAGUUGACUUUCUGAAAAAUUAUUAAAAUUAUUUUCCCACUCACUCACUAAUUUUUAUUUCCUUUAAUUCAUAUAAACUAGCUUCUGAAAGCGUGGGAUUGUAUCUUUUAAAAAUAUUUAAUUUUAUAACAUAUUAUAUUUUAUAUCAUAUUUUUAAAAUAAAUUAUAUAAUGUGUUUUUUUUGUAUAUGUGUAGAAGCUGUUUUAUAUGUUUUGAAUGAUCAUUAUUGAAAGUGUUUGGUGAAAAUCAUAAUUCUACAACAAAUAUUUGAGAAAUACAAUCUCAAAAUCAAUAAAUUGUAAGGUACAAAAAAACAAUAUCCCUAAUAUUAUAGAUGCCAUUUAAUGUCGUUUAAUAAUGAAUCAAAUUCAGUUACCAUGUAUAGGAGAAUCAAUUGUAUGAUACAUAUUAUUAUUAUCCAGGAUUGCUUUAAAUUAUAAUGAUAAGUAAUAAUGUUAAUAAAUGCUGGUUGAAACUGAUUGGUUAUCACAAAUUCAUGACAUUCGAUUGGCCAAAUAUAUAGUUGGCGAAUUUAUUUUUAAAAAAUAAAAAAACUCAAUGGUAUGUCAUUGUAAAUAAAUGAAAAUAAUGGUAAAAUCUUAUGAAGGAUUCUGAUUUAAUAGUAUAAAUUGUUUUGAUUCAGUUUGGUGAAUUUUAAAAAUUUUGUAAUCAUUUCGUUUCGUUAAUUGAUUACUUCAGUUCUCCUUUAAAACAAAAUUCUCACAUAACUAACCAAAUUUUAAAUCAAAUUUAUCAAAUUUUGAAUCGAAAUAACCAAAUUAAUUAAAUUUAACUGAAAAAUGUAAAAUCUCAGUUGAGAUUAAGCUGAAACCAAAAUCUUCGUUUAAUUUAGAUAGAUUUUCACUAACCUGAUUAAACCGUACUGAACUUUUUAUUUUCGGUUCAAUUUGGCGCAAUUAUAGAUUAACCAAACUAACCGAAUAAUCUAAACCAAACCAGCAAGACUAGUUUGAACAAUAUUCAACAAUCUUCUUCUCAAAUGGUUU